GAGCCGGGGGCGGGACGGCGGGCGGCCGCCUACAGGCCCGCCCCCGGGUGGGCCCCGGCCUGGGCCCGCGGCACUCCCGUCCCCUCCCCGCCGCCGCGGAGCUGGACCGCUGCAGCCCCGCCGACCAUGCGCCGCCUCCCGCCGGCCCUGCUGCUGCCGCCGCUGCAGCUCGCCCUGCUCGUGGCCGCCGGGGCCCCCGAGGCGCCGGUCAGCGCGCCGCGGAGCCUGGUGUGGGGGCCCGGGCUGCAGGCGGCCGUCGUCCUGCCCGUCCGCUAUUUCUACGUGCAGGCGGUCGACUCGGAGGGCCAGAACCUCACUCGCUCGCCCCCAGGUCAAACACUAUUUAAAGUAGCAGUGAAAUCUCUUUCACCUAAAGAGUUAGUCCGGAUUCAUGUUCCUAAACCUUUGGACAGGAAUGAUGGAACUUUUUUGGUGAGAUAUAGGAUGUAUGAAACUGUCAGUGAAGGGCUGAAGAUAGACAUCCUUUAUGGUGAUGAACAUGUGGCUCAGUCUCCCUAUAUUUUGAAAGGUCCAGUGUACCAUGAGUUCUGUGACUGUCCAGAAGAGGAUCCUCAGGCCUGGCAGAAAACUCUUUCUUGUCCAACCAAGGAACCACAGAUUGCAAAAGACUUUGCUUCCUUCCCCAGCAUUAAUCUCCAACAGAUGCUAAAUGAAGUCCCCAAAAGGUUUGGGGAUGAGAGGGGUGCCAUUGUUCAUUACACAAUCCUCAAUAACCUCAUUUACCGGAGAUCUUUAGGGAAAUACACAGACUUCAAAAUGUUCUCCGAUGAGAUUUUGCUGUCACUGGCAAGAAAGGUCCUUCUCCCAGAUUUAGAACUUUACGUUAAUCUUGGAGACUGGCCCUUGGAGCAUCGAAAAGUCAAUGAAACCCCUGGCCCUAUUCCUAUCAUUUCAUGGUGUGGCUCUCUGGAUUCAAGAGAUGUUAUCCUUCCAACAUAUGACAUCACGCACUCCACACUUGAAGGAAUGAGAGGUGUUACAAGUGAUCUCCUCUCUAUUCAGGGAAAUACAGGGCCUUCCUGGAUCAAUAAAACAGAGAAAGCUUUCUUCAGAGGUAGAGAUAGCCGAGAGGAAAGGCUCCAGUUGGUACAGCUGUCCAAAGAAAAUCCACAACUACUAGAUGCAGGAAUUACAGGAUAUUUCUUUUUCCAGGAAAAAGAAAAAGAGCUUGGAAAAGCCAAGUUGACAGGUUUCUUUGAUUUCUUCAAGUACAAGUAUCAAGUGAAUGUGGAUGGGACCGUGGCUGCUUAUAGAUACCCAUAUCUCAUGCUGGGCGACAGUCUGGUUCUGAAGCAGGACUCACCAUAUUAUGAACAUUUCUACGGGGCACUAAAGGCUUGGAAACAUUAUGUUCCAAUUAAAAGAAAUCUUAGUGAUUUACUAGAGAAAAUUAAAUGGGCCAAGGAAAAUGAUGAAGAAGCCAAGAAGAUUGCAAAAGAAGGGCAGUUGACUGCUAGGGACCUACUACAGCCGCACAGGCUUUACUGUUACUAUUACAGUGUACUACAGAAAUAUGCUGAGCGCCAGUCCAGCAAACCCGAAAUACGUGAUGGAAUGGAACUUGUUCCUCAGCCAGAGGAUAACACAUCCAUCUGCCAGUGCCACAGGAAAAAGCAUUUAAGAGAAGAGCUUUAAGUAAGCCCAGAUUCCUACUUUGGGGUUUGCCAGCUACGUCUUUAUGAGAAGCCCUAAGAUAGAAUCUAAGCUGUGAAGAACAGUACAGAAGACUUUACCCAGUGCACCAUCUCUCUUGGUGGCUUUAUAUAAUGUGGAUGGAUAUAGCAGUAUUUGAACAAGUAUUACCAAAUAAUCUUUGGAUAUUAAUUUCCUUUGAGUAAAAACUGCUAUUAUCAGCAUCACAAUGACUCUAAAAAGAAAACUUGGGCAUCAUAGCAGAUAGAGAGGCUUGCCAAAAUAGAAAUCACCCUUAAUGAAACUGCUUACAUCAUAUUUAUUGGUUUAUUUCUAUACCUUCUUCACUUUCCCUCUUCCGCUUCCAAUUGUGAAGAGAAAAAUCUUUGUGUAGGGUUUGUUUGUUUAUUUCCCCCUCACUGCAUAAUUUCUCCUGUUACAAGCUGCUUUUGUUGUUUGGUAAUGGCGGCCUCCUCUUGGAAGGUCUGAUGGGAAUAAUUAAGGAAGACUAGAUGACUCUGCUAUUAAAAGUAGCAUGGACACUGUGGAGGGAAUAUUUUUUAAAGCACUGAUCAUAUCUUUUUAACUAAAAUUUUAUCAAGGCCUGAGACAAAAUUAAGGAGCUAUUGUGCCUUAAGCUAGUAAUUCCCAAUGUAUCUGGGUUAUAUACCCAUCAAGAACAACACAGUUAUUAAUGUAGAUGAAGGUAUCCUAAACGCAUCAUUUAUUAUCUAUAUAAAAAUUUAGAUAAAAGAUAGCUGUAGUCAGGUUGGGAUCUUUAAUUCUUUCUAACCUUGAAAAGGGAUUCUUGAAAAUAUUGAAAACCCCUACAACAAGCUUCAGGAAUCCUGCUAUCUUGGGUUUUGCUAAUAAGCUUGCAUCAGAGGCAAACACCCAUUCCUCACUCCACCCUUCCUCUAUUUCAGUCAGUUUCAUUGCUAAGAUUAAGAAAUUGGAAAUUUCCUUGCUUUUGAGGACAAGGUCAAGACUUACAACUCGUAGCCCAGAAAUUCAUUACAUACUUCUUGUAGUGCCGCCAAUCUAAGAUUUAGUUCACUAACACGCUCUAGAACAAGAGCUAUCCACACUCCCAAUUUAAAAAUGUUUACUUCCCUGAUUAAAAUAUUUACUUAAUCUGGAAAACAAUGUAAUCACUUUAAAGCAGUCAUAUUUAUUCUUUUUGAAGAACAAUAAAAACACAGGAUUUUUUUUAGCUAGACAAAAACAAAACCAAAUUUUGGAACAGUGUAAUGAAAGCCAAGUAUCCAAGGCAAACUCUAAUACCCAUCAAUUGUUCAAAACCAUAAGUGCACAAAUAUAAAAUAAAGAGCAAGCUGUCCUGAGACUGUAUCCUAAUGAAUCCAUGUCUUACAUAUAUUGUACAAAGAGUUGGGGCUUGUCAGAACUGGGAUUUUGGCAAGAAAAGUUGCUUUCCUCAUACUUCUCUGUCCUCCAACCCUAGGUCCUGAUGGCUAAUGGCAUUUUGUUAGAAAUAUCUUAAAAUUUUAAAAUUAUUAUAACUUGCUGCCAAACGAGCCUAUUAGUUAAAAGCAAGAUGAGACAAACCAGACAGCUUCAGGGAGUGGAAUAGAAAAGAUGUGCUGGAGAAAUAAAGUGGAAAACCUCAAGAAAUUCUAUAGAGAGCAAGCAGCCUUAGUCUAGGUAAUCCUCCACCUCACUAACUCUGCCAUAGACUUUUUAAAAAAACGGUUUUUUAAAAACUUUUUAAAAAAAGUUUUCCAUGAGAGUGUUCAUUGAAAAACAAGUUACAGAACAUGUAUAAUGUAAAACCAUUCAUGUAAAAAAAAAAAAUGUAUCCAUGUGGUUGAAAGUUUGGAAGGAGAUUCACCAAAUCUGAGGAGAAGAUGGAGAGACGGGAAUUUUUACCUUUUGCUCUAUACCUUUCUAUAAUACUUAAGUUGUUUUUACUAUACGUAUGAAUAUAAAGUUGUAAAAUAAAGAAAAAUGCCAACCUGGGAAAAUAAAUGCACAAAAGAUAUAAAUAAGACAAGAAAACAGAUAUUUAUAUUUUUCAUUAUGCUGUUUUUAAAUCUAUGUCUGGAAUUUUA